CGACUGGUGCCAUCGGUUUCGAGGAGCGACAAAAUCUGACUCACCUGCGACCUUGGUCCUCAUGAUGCUCCCGCGCUCACCAGCCUGCUCCGCUUCCUUCUCUCCUGCCCCGCCUCGUCCUCCCCUUUCUUCCCCCCAGUCAUGGAGGGAGGGCCCCCGAAGCCCCUCCUCUUUUGUGGCCGUUUUGGCUGAAGGGCGCGAGGCGUGCCAGGGGAGUGCUGGUACUUCGGCUCCCAGCCCCAUGGCCGAGGAGUACCAGGAGUUCCUGAACUUCGACUGGUCCGACGAAGGAUGGCAGUCCUACCUGAAGGGACUCUACCCGCCGCCCACCGGAAAGCAGGCCCUGAAGUUCAAGAAGAAGUGGUACAAGAGGAACGUUGACCCGAGCUUCGACGAGAGCUACGAGCCGCCAGAGGCGCACGCGACCCCCACCGGCGGCGGGGCCGCGACCAGCUCGUCCUCUGCCCCGCAGGGCCCCCCUCCGCGAAUACUCGCGCAGUUUGCGGAUGGCUCGCGGUGGGCCGUCAUGGAGACGAAGGCCACCAUCUGCUUCAUGGCCUACGUCGUGGCGCUGACCACGGCCGUCGGGGGCGCCUCUGGCGCCUUCCCGGCGUACCAGGCGCUCGUUGUGCUCAUGGGUGCCUUUGUCCUUGAGCUGCUCGCGAAGUACGGCCUCAAGUUCGACACGGCGUACCUGCACUCGGUGCUCCUGGACGACGUCGGCGUGAUGCCGCUGAUGUCGGUAACGCUGCUGACACCAGGGCUGCAUUGGGCCAUACGCAUCCUUGCCCUGAUUCCUGCGUCGUCGACGGCUCUGCUCAGUUUUGGGCAGAUCUGUGCGAACCACAGGAGGCUGCCCGCCCGCAUAGGGGACUUCUUUUCCCCCCUGGCAGGGGCAAGGGCCCGCUACCAGCUGAUGCAGUUCCGAGCCCACGUGGAGGUGUUGCUUGGGGCUGUCCUCGUCGUCGGCGUGUUUACAGCCACCGCUGCUCCAUUCUCUGCGCUCCUUUUCUGGAACGUCAUGAUCAUGCGGUACAUUAUGAGCUCGUGGACGCAGGCCGUCUUCCGAACCAUCGAUAGUGCCCUGGACCCCGUCCUUGGCAGGAUACCUGGCGGCGGCUAUGCAUCGCUCAAACGCCUGCUCUUCAGCUUCGUCGACCCGGACAAGAGGCGCGGGGGCAAGAAGUGACGCGGCCACUCCGGCACCCUGGCAGCAGGCCGGGGAGGCGGGGGCCGCGCCCGGCCCAGUCCUGAGGCCAGCUGAUGGAACCGUGAUCGGCGCCGCUCCGCGCACCUGCGGCUCUCCGUGCCGAGCCGUCGGGGUGUCGCCCAGCGUCCGGCUGGCCUCCGACCAGGAGGAGGCGGCCACCGAGGCGGGCCGUCGUUGCCUCCCGCGGGCAGGGGCUCCAGGAGGGACGCCGAUCGGCACCCGGCGGAAGGGUGUCCUUCGCCGUUGUGGAAUCCGACCGGCAGCCAACGCGCUGGACUAUGUUGAGAGAGACUCUUUCAGCGUGCCUCGAAAGCUGGCAGCACUCCAUCGUUGUCUGGACCGCCCUGGCCC